UUUCACAAAUACUCUCACAGUCUCAGAGAGAAAACCCAAACGGAGUCCCACUUAGUCGAAGAAGAAGAUCUUUCGUUGAUUUUUUUGAGAUCUUCGUCGUCAUCAUCAUGUUGAGCAGAAUCGUCCCUUCUCAUCUCAAAACCCUAACAGCUUCCUAUUUCACUUCUACUCCGCCUCAUCGAAUGAUCUCUGCGACUGCCAAUCGAUUGGCGAUUUUCGCUUCUUCGUCUAAUCUACUUCGCAAUCUCAGAUUUGAAUCGGAGUGCAGAUUCUUCCCAUAUCAACAUACCAAAACCCUAGCACUAGUAGCUGCUUCUUCGCCUCGCCGAUUUUUCGUCUGCAACCCUGUUGGUCUUCGUCAUCUCACUGCCAAUCGAUCGGCGAUUUCCUCAUCUCCGUCUGUUUUCCCUCGCCAUUUCAGCUCCGAAUCAGAUACCUCUGUAAAUGAGAAUGUGGAGGACGAUGCCAUGCCUAUCGCAGCCGGAAAUGAGGGAGAGGAGCUUGAGUUGAAUCCCAAUAGCUCUUCGUUUACAUGGUUCCCAUCUCUUUGGCAUUAUCAUUAGAAGGAAAGCUGUUUGAGUAGUGGCGAUGGGAGUGAUGGCGGUGCUGCCAGUUGUCGGGCGGCUGCCAAAAUGGUUCUAGCGGCGGCUGUCCUGAUGGUGGCAGCGGUGCCGAUUGUGGCAAUACUGGCGCCGUUGUUCAUGGCCAUCAUGGGAAUGGUGGCGAUGGCAUUGUACUUAUACGUUUAAACAAUUUGAAA